GUGCCGGGACGCUCUACGCCCUCUGAUUGGUCGGCCGGGCGGGCGGAACCACGCGAGGAGGGUGGGGGCGGGUCCGAGCGCCUCAGGAGCGGGCUGGAGUGUCUUCUCGUGGCUGACGAGCUCUGCUCCCCAUCAUGAUCGAAGCCAUAACCCAUGAGGGGUCCCCACGAAACAACCGUGGCUCAACACUCGUGUCCUCUGCUGCCGUCACCAAUGGAAGAGCAUGAGAAUAGGAAAAAAAGAUGAAUGCAGUGAGAAAUGCCAUCUUUAAGUAAAAUCAUCGAAUAGAAACAUUUAGGUUGAAAAAGACCUUAAAGAUCAUCAAGCCCAACCGUAAACCGAACGACACCGAGUCCGCCGCUAAACCGUGUCCCUAAAUGCCAGGGGACAGUCCUUGCAUUGCUGUUUUUCUCCUGCUUGCCUCGUUUUGUCGUGUUUUGAGGAACACGGGAUGUUAGAAAACAGCCUCCCCGGGGAGCUCAGUGGGUGCUUCUAACGCCGCUCUCUCGAGCUGACGUAGAUGAAAAGGAGGAAGCGGCAUAAAUGAAGCAAAGUGGCCCUUGGAUCCUGCGGCACGAGAUCAGUCGAUUACUUUCAUGGCUGCCAGAAACAAAUUAGAGGAGCUUCUCCUCCGCAGCAUGGCAUAAUAAAUAAAGUAAAAGUGAAACAGCGUGAGCAGUGGUGGCUGAUAAUUCUCCUGUCGGAAAGAAGCCCCAUCCUGAGCCCUGGAUUCGGGUUUUUUGGGAGCGUUUUCGGUAGAAGCAAAUUGCACUGUUUGCACUUUUCCUGCUGGUCGUCCCGGAAAAGAGGAGCUCGUGCAGAUUUCGACAAUGAAGGGAUUCAAGAAAACCCACCUGACGCUCGGUGACUGCGAAGCCCUCGCGCGGAGCGUGGAAGGUUCAUCCUCCCUGAGGCAGCCGUUGAGUCACAGUAAAAGCAGAGGAGAUGUCAACAGGGGCCUCUAUCCCACCCACCGGACGAGGAGAAGCCAAGGAGGCCAAAGUCAGCAGAAGAACAUCACCGAUUACUUCACUGUCUCUCAGAUACAGCAAGUAGGUGCCGGUGGGACGAAGAACAGUCGAAUCAAAGAAGAGCUACCAGACCCCAUCUUCUCUGAUGCUGAUGAUUCCUUCAGCGAUGUCUCCACUAAGAUGGAGAUCAGCGGUGAUUCCUGCUCUUUUCUGGAGGAUGAGGACCUUGACCCAAAUCCCAAGGAAAGCUUCAGGAAACGGCCUCUGUCCACUGCAGCUGCAGGCGUUUGCAAGCCAGAGGAUGAUUUGUGGGGGGAGCCUGAGAAGAAGCCAAUGGUGGUUUCUCCAGAACACAUCCAGAUCAAGCAGGAACUGGAUGAUAUGGACAUUGAACCGCUCCCCGAUGCACACUACGGACUCCUGGGGACUCGGAACUGGGAAGUACCUCAGGGAAGUAUCGACAAGCUGCCUGUUGAAGUCCUGAGGCACAUCUUUGCUUUCCUACCAGUGACUGAUCUGUAUCAGAACCUGAGCCUGGUGUGUCACUGCUGGAGGGACAUAGUCAGUGAUCCACUGUUCAUUCCUUGGAAAAAGCUCUACCAUCAGUACCUGAUGAAGGAGGACACGGCCCUGCACAGAGUCGAACAGAUCUUGCAGGUUUUCUCCAUAACAAAGGAGCAGGAAGGAUGUAUUUUGGGACUGAUCAGGUGCGUGGCUGCCGUCCCCACCGGCUGGAAGGUGGAUCCCAGCGCGGUUCUUCGGUGUUUGAAGAGGCAUCACCUCUUCUCCAAGGCUGAAAUCUGCGUCACCAACAAACUGCCGCAUUUACAGACGGGAUCGGGGCUUGAGAACGCGUGGGCCAUAAUCACGGUCAUGGUGCUUUUCUCCGAUGGCGUCAGCGACAUCCAAAAGCUGAUGGCGUGUCUGCAGAGGCCUGGCUCUGGCCUCUCUGUUGUGGACGUGACCGAGACGCUCUACUGCAUAGCCAUGCUGCUGUAUGCCAUGAGGGACAGGAACAUCACCAUCACCAACAGGAUCCAUUACAAUGUUUUCUACUGCUUGUAUCUGAUGGAAAACACGUCUGUAACUAUGCAGACAGUGGAAGAGGAAACACCGGCGUCGCGCUGCAGACAGGACUUAUGGUCUGGUAGCUGGCCUAAAAUAAAGCUGACCCAUGAACAGCAACGGAUUUUGAAUCACAAAAUUGAGCAUGGUCAAAUAGUGAAAAUUAUGGCAUUUGCAGGUACAGGAAAGACUUCAACCUUGGUCAAGUAUGCAGAGAAGUUUCCUGAUCUGAAUUUCCUUUACGUGACCUUUAACAAAGCUGUUGCAGAGAGGGGCAAAAGUGUCUUCCCCAGCAACGUCACCUGCAAGACUUUCCAUUCGUUGGCCUUUGGAAGCGUCGGCAAACACUAUAAAGAAAAAGGCAAGCUAAACUUCUCCAAGAUGUCAGCUUACUCCAUCAGUUUCCUUCUCCAGAACCGUGAGGGACAAUCUCUGUUUGUAAGAGGGAAAACAGUCUCGCAGACCCUGGAAAACUUUUUUGCCUCUGCAGAUGAUGAGAUCUGUGAAGAGCACACUCCUAUUUGGUUCAAAAAUACUCAUGGUGAGAGAAAACUUGUCAGUCCACAGGAAAAAAGGAUCAACGUGGAAGAGGCGAAAGAGAUAUGGUACAACAUGAAGAAGCUGGAUGGAGACGUAGAGAAGAAGUACAGGAUAACUUGUGAUGGGUAUUUGAAACUUUGGCAGCUCAGCAAGCCUCAGCUCUCAGGAUACGAUGCCAUUUUUGUGGAUGAAGCCCAGGACUGUACUCCAGCCAUCGUGGAUAUUAUCCGGUCACAAAAAUGCGGCAUAAUCCUCGUAGGAGACCCUCACCAGCAGAUCUACACCUUCCGAGGUGCCGUCAAUACCCUCUACUCAGUGCCUCACACCCACGUCUACUACCUCACCCAGAGUUUCAGAUUUGGUCCUGAAAUAGCUUACGUUGGAGCGACCAUCCUGGAUGUCUGCAAGAGGAUCAGGAAUAAGACAUUAGUGGGUGGAAACCAAAAGGGUGAUGUGAGAGGCAGCAUGGAAAGGAAGAUAACAAUCUUAUCACGAAGCAAUUUUAAUGUCUUCGAGGACGCUGUGAAACUUACUGGAAGGGAGAGACUAAUUAAAAUACACAUGAUUGGGGGACUUGCCCGUUUUGGCCUGAGCAGAAUUUAUGAUAUUUGGAAACUCAGUCAACCCGCGGAUGAACGGAAGAAAGCAAACCUUGUUAUAAAUGAUUCCUUUAUCAGAAGAUGGGAAGAAACUCAGGGCUUCAUUGGUUUAAAGGAAUACGCCGAGCGCAUCGAUGACAAGGACCUGACAGUGAAGAUCGCGAUAGUGGAGAAAUACAAAGAGCGGAUCCCGGAGCUGGUGCAGAAGAUUGAGAAGAGCCACGUGUCACAAGAAGCCAUGGCAGAUUACCUCAUCGGUACUGUCCAUCAAGCCAAAGGCCUGGAGUUUGACACGGUGCUGGUUGCAGAUGACUUCGUGAAAGUACCAUGUCUCAGUGGGGAUUUCCAGAGAAGAACUAACUUCAGCAUCGGCAUGUAUCCCGACGAUGAAUGGAACCUGCUCUAUGUCGCGGUGACACGUGCAAAGAAGUAUUUGCUCAUGUCAAAGUCCCUGGAGCACCUUUUAGCGUUGGCCGGGGAGCGGUUCCUUCGUGUGGAGCUGAUGAGUGAGGCUGUGAAGGACGGGGCCACCAUCGCUUGUUCUGUGCCUCAAUGUACAGGAACGUUGCAGUCCAGCUUCCAGCUGGUUGUGAAGAAGCUCCCUUUGACUCACAGCAAUGGCAGCAAGGAUGCUGGUGGCUACCUUUGCCACGCUUGCACGCAGCAGCGCUUUGGAGCUCUGACACCACUGACCUUUUCUCCAGCCCUUCAGGAACAGCCCAUCUAGCUCUUAACGAAGCCCAUCUAGCUCUAACGAAGCCCUCCAGAGCCCUGGCUGUGUCCUGGGUGUGGGAGAAGACCUGUUGUCACAUCCCAGCUCCAAAAUCAGAUGGAUAUCGGAGCAGGAUCUUGGACCAACUCCAAGAGGAACCCUCCAGGUUCUCAGCAAGGAGGUGUGAGACCUUUUCUCCAGCCCUGCCUUGCCCUCCAAGAGCUGGUCAGCACGGCCUGCAUCGCUGCACAGAAGAAUAUGCACUAUAUAAACUUUUUCUUUUUCCUGGAGCAUUACCCCUCUGUUACCUCUGUCACCAGGAAAACACUUCCAGUGACUGAACUUCCAGGACAUCCCUGCCUUUUCCAUCAUGCCUCGGUGAAAUCCCACUGAUCCACCAGAAGAAAAGGAAAUGCAAGACUGAAAAGUACCCAAAGAAACACUUCAUUUCUAGGAAACGGUCUUUUUCCUGGAACCUGUUUUAAUCAGGGAAAAUGUCACUAUCAGCUCGGGGAGGAAGUCAUUAAUUAAUACCUCCCAGCUGAAUUAAUUUUCCUUCUUUGCAGCUGAGGGUGUUCCCCAGACUCUGGUCUCCUUCUCCCUGCAGCAAAGCAUAAGGGUAGAAGAGAGGUGGCAUCUGAAGAACUGCUUUGUUUUGGUUUCAGUCUUAAGCUGGGGAGUGUUUUUAAUCAAGAAAUUAAAUUUGUAACAAAACAACAAAAAAAGAAAA